AUGUCAAUGAGACCGCCGUCUCUGAGACUCCUCAAUGGAGUCGCACGGAUCUCUCAAAGAGGCUUCUCAACCUCCCCCGCGAGAGCCGCCGACUUCACCCACGUAGUCAUCGGCGGCGGCGCAGUAGGCCUCGCAACGUCCCACCGCCUCGCAACCCGCCCAGACACCACGACCCUCCUCCUGGAACGCCACACCGCCGUCGGCACCGAAACGUCCUCCCGCAACAGCGAGGUCAUCCACGCGGGGAUAUACUACCCGCCAAACACCCUCAAAACGGCCCUCUGCGUCCGCGGGAAACACCUCUUGUACGAUUUCUGCGCAAAGCACCACGUCGGACACGCCAACACGGGGAAAUGGAUCGUCGCGCAGAACGACGUCCAGCGGGAGGCGCUGCAGCGCGUGCACGAUUUUUGCACGAAGGAGAUUGGCGUGCCUGUGCGGUGGGUAGGUGACGAGGAGGCGAGGAGGGAAGAGCCCGAGGUGCGGGCGCUCGCUGGCGUGCUGGAGAGUCCCACGACGGGGAUCGUCGAUUCGCAUGGCUUGAUGGUCGCGUUGAACGGGUUAUUCGAGGACGCGGGGGGUGUCGUCGCCUUGAAUUCUCACGUCGUGGGCGUGCGUCCACUAGGGCAAAAAGGAAGCCAGGGGUGGGAGGUCAGCGUGCGCGAUCCGUCGACGGGGGAGACAAGCGCCGUCACGGCGGAGGUGCUCGUCAACGCGGCCGGGCUAGGCGCCGUGGACGUGCACAACAUGAUUGUGCCAGCCUCCCAAUGCAGGGAAAUGUUUUACGCAAAGGGAAACUACUUCUCCUACUCCGGCGGCAGCAAGCCCGCCCCCAAAGUCAAGAGACUCAUCUACCCGGCCCCCGAACCCGGCGCCGGCGGACUGGGAACGCACCUGACGCUCGACCUCGCGGGCCGGGUGCGCUUCGGGCCGGACGUGGAGUGGGUCGAUUCGCCCGACGACCUGGCCGUCAACUCCGCGCGGCUGCCCGAGGCCGUGGAGGCGAUUAAAAAGUACUUGCCUGGUCUCGAUGCCGGUGCCCUGGUGCCGGAUUACGCGGGGAUACGGCCCAAGCUGGGGCGGAAGCAGGCCGUUGCCGAUGGCAGCGGGUUCCACGAUUUCAUCGUCCGGAAGGAGGACGGGUACGAGGGGUGGGUGAAUCUGCUGGGCAUUGAGAGUCCCGGGCUGACGAGCUGCUUGGCGAUUGCGGAGCGGGUGGAUGAGAUCGUGUACGGGUAA